CAGUUGCUCUUCUCCCUGUUCGUCAGUUGGUUAUCAUCAAGUAAGCAACAACAAUAUACACAUCCAAUAUACAUAUAUAGGCAUAAGCUCUAAUUACGUGCAGCGAAAGUUAUAUACAAGUACCUAAUAUGGUGAUGAGGCAAAGAACGAAAUAUAAGUAUAUAAACAGCGACGCUGCUGCUGCGCAGAUUUGGUAAAAUAACGUCGCUUUCAACGGUACAAACACUCAUCUUUGACUGCAUAAGCUUAGUGCAUCAGGUAGAAUGACGUUGCGAUCCACAUCCACGUGCUGAUAAAAUCAAACACACUGAGCCCGUUACACCUACUCUCGCGUAUAACUCUUUUUGUUUAUGAACCUUCGUUGACACGCGCGUGUAUCCCGCAUUGCGGGUCGACACACGUCAGGAUGCCUAAGGAUAGGUGUUGCGUACCGUCGUGCAACUACGUUCGAAAGUAUAGAAGUAACAACCAAAACUUUCGACGAUCGUUGUUCAAAUGCCCCAAAGAUGCUCAACUGGCCCGAAAGUGGUGUGAGAACGUUGGCAUAUCAAUGUCACCCACCGAUCACGUUUGUGAGCGACACUUCGAACCUCACCACCUCAUAAGCUUCGACUUCUUCGCGGGAGAAAACUACUUUCAGAGGUCAAGACUGAACAAGCUAGCUGUACCCACAGUGUUUGAUAACUGUAGUAAUGAAAUAGUCUCAACAAACAACGUAACACAAUACGAGCUGACUUCUUUCACACAUUUUGACAAUGGUAGACUAUUAAACUCUUGUGAUAUUCCAUCGAACAUCCUUCCAGAUGAGAGUCUUGAAAAUUUCGAAGUUUCUCAAAUACAGUUGAAAGAUAGUUUGAGCAGGCUGCCUAGAAUUCAAAACUUUAUGACAGAUGUAGUUCAAGACUUGGAAGCUUCCAAAGAAGUACUCUUGAACAUCAAGAAAGAGGAAUUGACUUCAGAAUCAACCACGGUCAAAGUAGAAACGUUGGAAGAUUGUGCUGAUAAAAAUAAUCAAGAAAAUAAGGCUGAAAUGGCAAGACUGACGGUUCACCAGUACGUUAAGUAUCAUAAACAGCAUCUGACUUUGUUACUACCAGAAUCGUGGAAAAUUUUUGAACUACCAAUUAGUGAGGAAGAAGUAAUUUCUUUUUCCAAAGAGUGUACAAUUAGUGAGAACACAGGACUUGUAGUUUUGUAUGAAAAAAAUAUUGUUAUCUACAAAAACGGAAACGUACAUUACUCAAUUCAUGGAAAAAGGUUAAGGGACAUUGAGCCAGAUAAUUUACCAAUGUUUCCAGCAAACAUACCAAAUACUGAAACGAUGUUAAGAAUUAUACAAGAAUUUGAUUUAGUGAAAGUGUGCCAAGGAUUCAUGAUCAGUGAAAUGGAAAUAAAUAAUGAUUCUUCUCUUUGCAAGGAUGACUUGGGCUUUAAGCGUCAUGUGAAGUGUUUUCUUGUAGCUGAUGCUCAACAGUGUGAUAUUUGCUAUAAGUAUAAUCAAACUAUGACAUCGAGCAUGAUUAACAGGUCCCAAAUAUUAACAAAUAUACAACCUUAUUAUUAUAUAAGUAAUCAAAUGAAUUGCUCUAGUCGGUAGAGUUUUAUAUUUAAAAAGACGUUAAUCAAUUUUUGUCUUG